AUGGACUUCGACUUCGAGUUCGACUGCGCCGCCGCCUCCCCCGGCGGCCAGUGGCUGGGCGAGUCGGCGUCGCGGCGGCGGCAGCGCCGCCUCUCGUCGCUCUCGCUCAGGACCUACCUCACGCCGGCCUUCAACGACGUCGCCGACGGCCACCCGGGGUCCCCCGCCUCCUCCUACUCGUCCGGCGGGCUGGAGCUCGGCUCGCUCCCCCGCUACCGCCGCUUCUCCGCUAAUCCGGAGAUGGACAGCCGCCGCCUCGUCUACUCGCCACCGGCGCAGCCGCGGCCGGUGUACCCCAUGCCGGACCAUGAGGCGCUCCAGGUUGAGGCCUACCUCCAUGGCCACAAACGCCAGGCUGGCCCUCUGACUGGCGCACCAGGUUUUCCCGACAUGAAACACCAGUUCUUCAGCCCCACAAGGCCACCGCCUGUCGACUUCCGAUCACCAGAUGGUGCCAUCAUGGUACCAAACAGAGCCAAGCUUUUCUCGACACCAGCACCUGGAGCAACAACACCUUCAGCUCAGGCGGCGUCUGCUCAGCCACAGCCAACAGAGGAAGAAGGCGACCUCAUAGCUGAGGUCCUCUAUGGUCGCAGCGGGCGACGCAGGCUGCCCGUUUUCAAGGAUAUCUGCCCGGAAUGAGUGAUGCCCAUCCUCGACAUGCGUGGAUCAUGGAUCAUGUAUAUUCUAUGUAUCCCUCCUGUGUCCAUAGGCUCAUCAGAUGUUUUGCCCAGAAAGAUUGUUUCUAGUUACCUAUUCGUAGGGGAGGACCUCUCUCCCUAUCUUGAUCUUUAGGUGAGAAG